GACUCCGCGCGCGGCCCCCGGCGGAUCUCGAGAUAGCCGCAGCUCUCGCGAUCUUUCGGGAGCCGCCCGUCCACGCGGAGUCCGAGCGCGUGUGCUGAGCUCCGAGGGCCGGAGGGCGGAGACUGUGCGGGAGGGAGAGGCCCUCUUGGCCUGCCCUACGGAAGCCUACGAGAGAGGGUGGUGUCCACUGCCCCGUUCGGUGUCACGAUGCCCAGCGCCAACGCCAGCCGCAAGAGUCAGGAGAGGCCGCGGGAGAUCAUGGAGGCGGCGGAAGAUUAUGCUAAAGAGAGAUAUGGAAUAUCAUCAAUGAUACAAUCACAAGAAAAGCCAGACCGAGCUUUGGUUCGGAUAAGAGAUUUGACAGUACAAAAAGCUGAUGAAGUUAUUUGGGUGCGUGCAAGAGUUCAUACAAGCAGAGCUAAAGGGAAACAGUGCUUCUUAGUCCUACGUCAGCAGCAGUUUAAUGUCCAGGCUCUGGUGGCAGUGGGAGACCAUGCAAGCAAGCAGAUGGUUAAAUUUGCUGCCAACAUCAACAAAGAGAGCAUUGUGGAUGUAGAAGGAGUUGUGAGAAAAGUGAGUCAGAAAAUUGGAAGCUGUACACAGCAAGAUGUUGAGCUGCAUGUUCAGAAGAUUUAUGUGAUCAGUUUGGCUGAACCCCGCCUGCCCCUGCAGCUGGAUGAUGCCGUUCGGCCUGAGGUGGAAGGAGAAGAGGAAGGAAGAGCUACUGUUAAUCAAGAUACAAGACUAGACAACAGAGUCAUUGAUCUUAGGACAUCAACUAGUCAGGCCGUCUUUCUUCUCCAGUCUGGCAUCUGCCAUCUCUUCCGAGAAACUUUAAUUAACAAAGGUUUCGUGGAAAUCCAGACUCCUAAAAUUAUUUCAGCUGCCAGUGAAGGAGGAGCCAAUGUAUUUACUGUGUCAUAUUUUAAAAAUAAUGCAUAUCUGGCUCAGUCCCCACAGCUGUACAAGCAAAUGUGCAUUUGUGCUGAUUUUGAGAAGGUUUUCUGUAUUGGACCAGUAUUCAGAGCUGAAGAUUCUAAUACCCACAGACAUCUGACUGAAUUUGUUGGUUUGGACAUUGAAAUGGCUUUUAAUUACCAUUACCAUGAAGUUAUGGAAGAAAUUGCUGACACCUUGGUACAAAUAUUCAAAGGACUUCAAGAAAGGUUUCAGACUGAAAUUCAAACAGUAAAUAAACAAUUCCCAUGUGAGCCAUUCAAAUUUUUGGAGCCAACCCUAAGACUGGAGUACUGUGAAGCAUUGGCUAUGCUUAGAGAAGCUGGGAUCGAAAUGGGAGAUGAAGACGAUCUGAGUACACCAAAUGAAAAACUGCUGGGUCGUUUGGUAAAGGAAAAGUAUGACACGGAUUUUUAUAUUCUUGAUAAAUAUCCAUUGGCUGUAAGACCUUUCUAUACCAUGCCUGACCCAAGAAAUCCUAAACAGUCCAACUCUUAUGAUAUGUUCAUGAGAGGAGAAGAAAUAUUGUCAGGAGCUCAAAGAAUACAUGAUCCUCAACUGCUGACAGAGAGAGCUUUACAUCAUGGAAUUGAUUUGGAGAAAAUUAAGGCUUACAUUGAUUCCUUCCGCUUCGGAGCACCUCCUCAUGCUGGUGGAGGCAUUGGAUUGGAACGAGUGACGAUGCUGUUUCUGGGGUUGCAUAAUGUUCGUCAGACUUCCAUGUUCCCUCGUGAUCCUAAACGACUCACUCCAUGAAGAAAGCCACACUUGUUAUUCUUUCCAGUAACCUGCUGCUGAUCAGGCUGUACCUUCAGUACUCACAAUACGCACCAGAAUCAAUGCUGUAUCUAAAGUGCCACUUAUAUUUGGAGUAAUUCAGUAUCACUUAGUUUAAAAGAGAAGAUUUUUAUAACUUUGGACAUGCUUCAGUAGGAAAUGCUUAAAUAUUCUAAUGAGAAAUCCAUAUGGUUAUGUUAAAAAUUCAUAUUCCAUUACUACAGUGUUAACAAGAAUUUUAAAUAGUUAAGAUUGUACAGUUUUUUCCUCCUUUUUUACAUUAUAGUGGCCACAGUAUUAAUGUCUUAAAUUUUUGAUAUUUGAACUUUUUUUAAAAACUGUGGCAUUGGAAUAAGAAUAAUUGGGGAAGCAGCCAGGCACAGUUGCUCACACCUGUAAUUCCAGUGUUUUGGGAAGCUGAGGCAGAAGGAUUGUUUGAGCCCAGGAGUUC